ACUGCAUUUAACCAUUUCAGGUUGUAGAGUUUCUAUAAAAAUGGUUCUCAUUAAAAAUUGUCUGACAUUAACAAGAACUAUAUUAUUAUCGAGAAAUAACGCAAAUUUACAUGUUAAAGUUAAUUAUAGUCAAGACAUAAAGCCAUAUCUCUACAAGUGGAGAGCUAAAAAAAAUGUGCCAACAACAGAAGAAGAAGUGAAGGAUGUAGCUGGAAAAUAUAAUUUACAUCCACGGGAAUAUAAAGCUUAUGAACCGGAUGGAUUUGGAUUUGGUGAUUAUCCAAAACUUCCAUAUAUAGGAGGUGAUGCGAAAGAUUCAAAUUAUCCCUGGGAUUUUCCUGAAUUCAAGAGAAAUUUUAAUGAACCGGUACAUAUUGAGGAAGAUCAAAUAGGAGAAGACCGUUAUGCUGCUGGAGUUCGAACUCCACUAUCAGGUUUAGAAGUAGUUACGAUGUUUGUUGGUACAAUGACAAUUUUAGGAAUUUUUUAUUGGAUUUUUGAGUAUUAUCCUUGGUUCCAAUGUGUGAUGGAGAAACAAUACCCUAAAGCUGGUGUAACACAUUAUACCUUCGAAUCACCACGUUAAUUAUAAAAUAUAAAAUAUUACAAUGUUUUGUAGAUGUCAUAAAUGAUGUAUGUAUAAAAAAUAUAUUUAUGAAAUUCA